GCGCCGGGGCCCUUCCAGUUCUCCCUCGGCGUCCGCGACCAUGGCGGCGGCCGCCUGCACGGCCGCGGGCGGAGGUGUGCUGCGGGCAGGCAUUGAGCGGCUGCUGCGAGGAGGAGUUCGGGAGCUCCUCCGGCCGCGACUUGAAGGGGUCACCCCCCGCUUGGAGCGCGCCUUCAGCCUCUCUCUCAGUCGGAGUACGGUCAUUGUGGAGCGUUGGUGGAAGGUGCCGCUAGCCGGAGAGGGCCGGAAGCCGCGUCUACAUCGGCGACACCGCGUCUACAAGCUAGUGGAGGACACGAAACAUCGGCCCAAAGACAAUCUGGAGCUCGUCCUCACGCAGUCGGUGGAAGAACUUGGAGUCCGAGGUGACCUCGUCUCAGUGAAAAAAUCUGUGGGCCGUAAUCGGCUACUUCCUCAAGGACUGGCUGUAUAUGCAUCUCCUGAAAACAAGAAGCUGUUUGAAGAGGAGAAAUUGCUGAGACAAGAGGGAAAAUUAGAGAAACUCCAGACCAAGGCAGGUGAGGCGACAGUGAAAUUUCUGAGAAGAUGUCACUUGGAGGUGGGGAUGAAGAACAAUGUCAAAUGGGAGCUAAACCCUGAAAUAGUUGCCCGCCACUUCCUCAGAAAUCUUGGUGUUGUGGUUGCCCCACAUGCGUUAAAGUUACCAGAAGAGCCCAUCACACAGAGGGGCGAGUACUGGUGUGAGGUGACGGUAAAUGGACUUGACACUGUGAGGGUACCUAUGUCUGUGGUGAACUUUGAGAGGCCCAAGACCAAAAGAUACAAGUACUGGUUAGCCCAGCAGGCUGCCAAGGGAGAUGUCCCCACCAGCUCCCAGAUGAUCUGAACCUCUUCUCCCUCAAAAACAGUGACGCAGAAUCAGAGGAAUGGCGGAACAGAAAUGGGCCAGCCCUGUGAUAUCACUGCCUGCUCUUACCAAGUACAGAAUUUUAGACAGCAUGUGGGGACAGUGGAUUAGACUGUGAAUUGUCCAUAUUUGCAGUCUUCAUCUUCAGUGGUUGGUUAUCACAUCUGGCCUUAUCGGGGCAGUCCUACUCCAGAAGUUUGAUAAAUUGAAUAUUAAUAGACUAAAAGAGUUUAGAUCCUGCAUAGCCUCUUCAUCCAUUGGAAUUCAUUGGAACAAAUGGUAAAGCUGGCUCAUUCUCACCAUCCAAACUGAACAUUUGUAUCUCAAGAAAAAAUAAAGAGGUUGUGUUAUUUCUA